CGAUUAAUAGUCCUGCGACUCUAAAAUUGCACAUUUCUGAAUCAUAUACUGUUUGGUCUGAAAAUCAUGAUUUGCUUGUUGGAACUGUGGUGGGGAUUUCGCCGAAUUGUAAUAAUAAUCGAUGCUACAUAAUGUAUUGUUUUAUCAAGUCCAGUUGCAUAACUCGAGCAGUACACAAAACAUGAAGUAUUUAUAGAAAUCAAUUAAGUAAUUGUAAUUUUGAGAGCUGAUUAGAUCUCUGGUGUGAUAUAUAUUGACCAAUUGAACAAAAACUCCUGGAAUCUGCAAUUAAUUACAAUCAAUUGUCACUUGCAUAUAUGUAUAUACAUACUUGUUAGUUCUAACUGAAAAAUUCAAAUAAUUUUGAAAUGGGUACACUUUCUCCAUUUAUGAUUUCCUGCCUUUGCUUGGCUGGUGCAAUUGUAGUUUUGUCACGCCCAACGGAACACACACAAGAUUCAAGGUGGGAUAACUUUGAUGAACGUGGUCCGUACAUGGGCGGUGAUGUGAUUUUACCCCCUGGGAUGGAUAUUAGAAACGGUGUCAUUGGUGAUCAUUUGCGAUGGCCAAAUGCAACUCUAAUCUAUUCCUUGGAUCGAAAUUUCACUUCCCCUGAACUGGCAAUUAUUUCCGAAGCAAUGCAAGAAAUUGAAGCAUUAACCUGUAUCAGAUUUGCACCAAGAAACCAAAACGAAACUGGCUACAUUUUCGUCGCCCGAGGCGGACCGGGAACUGGAUGCUAUUCAUUCUUGGGUCGCUUGGGGACAGUUCAACAGCUAAAUUUGGAGAACCCUGGGUGCAUUCGAAAGGGAAUUGUGAUGCACGAGUUCAUCCACGCCAUCGGUUUCUACCAUGAACAAUCGCGAGAGGACAGGGAUGAUUAUGUAACAAUCAAUUGGAGCAAUAUUCAGCCAGGGACAGAAUUCAAUUUUCUGAAAGCGACUGUCACCGCAACUUUUAACGUCACCUACGAUUAUGGGAGUCUAAUGCACUAUUCCAAGUAUUCUUUUGCAACCAACACGUCCAUUCCUACCAUAAUACCAAUCGACCCCAACGCAGAAAUUGGUCAGCGAGAAAGGCUUAGUGAUAAAGAUAUCUACAAAAUUAAUGCCAUGUAUUGCCCAAAUUAUACAACAUAAGGUAGAUAGAUGAUCAGAACCAUUUUUUUGCGGUGUUGCCAUCUUUUAUCAAAACUAUUCAAACUAUAAAUAACUAAACAUAAGGUAUUGAUUUUCUUAGUACCGGAAACUUCCCACGAAAGUAUAAUUUUGAUCUGUAGUUGACAAAGUUAAAUCGACGUACAGCUACUAAAUUUAAAGUAAUAUAUUUAAUAAGUGGUAACAACGCUUAUUCAGCAA